AGCUACUGCAGGAUUGUUGAAUACACCUGCAAGCAACAUGGAUAUGAAUGAAGAAUAUGAGCAAGAUACACCUAUAAGCGACGCGGAUAUGAAUGAAAACAAUGAAUACCCUGGGCCUAGAGGUGAACCAGGUCAAAUGAAUGAAUACACCUUGAUGAUGAGAAUGAUGGCAUACAUGGAGAAACAGGACAGAUUGAUGGAAAUACUCAUACAAAAACUAGGUGGAGACUCUGAUUCUUUGUCAAUAUGA